GCCAAAAACGGAUGACGGCGGAUGAUGUUUAUAACGCAAUUUUCGGGGGGUGGAAGAAGGUACGAACGAUUUUUGGAUGAAGGAUUUUUCCGGUUCUCUACCCCUUGCGCGGGGUGAAUGAAAUGUACAAGGAUGGGCUGGUUCAUUGAUUUGUUCGGAGCAGGUACACUUGUCAAACCACAAUUCUCGAUUAAUGAUUAACGAAAAUGAAAAGUCUAACGGACAGUGAAUUUAAACUGAAAUAUUUGUAAUAUUCUGAAGCACGUAACGGUCAAUUUAUGGUUCGAAUACGAUGCAAUAUCGAGGCAAUCUUGUGAAACACAAAACCUGUUCUAUAAACCCAUUUUAAAGAAAAAGCAUUUAAACUAUCAGCAGGAAAAGUGACUGGCUUCCUUCGCCUGAUCAUGCUGCUUUUCCUUUGCUGCUCCCGUCGAAAUCCACCCCCCCCCACCUUUUCUCUCCUCUUGCUAUAGGAGCAAGGGAGAAGGAGGCCGUUGUGGGGUGGUGAGCAAACCGAUCGCCUUCAAACACGGUCACUCACACCGCAAUCGCACCGCGCCGCACAUUUCAUAAUACGCAAGCACGCGGCUCACAAGAACUCUCUCACUCUCGCUCUCACGCGGGCGCUCUCACGAGGUCUCCUUGCUCCCCCCCACUCGCGCUCAUGACCUUCAAUUUUCGACGGCGGCCUGCUUCGACUCGGAACCGGAGCGAGUGAGUGACUUUUAUUAACGAUUUUCCUUUCAUUGGCGUCGGUCGUGUUUUUCGAAGACGCGCGCGCGCUUGCUCUCGACCACCUCGGCCCACCGGGUGGUGUGUUGUGUGUUGUGUGUGUCUUCCCAUAACGCCAAAAAACACCGCGUGUUGACGGCAACAAUUUGGAUAAAACGCUCAACAUCAGUGCCUCCAGCAAAAGGUGUGAAAGUUUAAAGCAAAAGUGCAAACAAAAGUGCAAAAGUUAAUCGAGACGAAGGGAGGGAGCAUCGAAAACUGAUCUGUGACAGGCCUGUGUUCCCUCUGUCUCUUGGCGGGUGUGUGUGUGUUAAUUCAGUUGUUUUGAAUGGUGUAAAAGUGACGAAAACUCAACGGAAACUCGCAAAAGUUUUCCUCGUAUCAUUUUAUUAGUUAAGUGCUUUGUGAUUUGUUUGCGGUCGAGCGCCGAGCAGUGUUUUGAGCAUUGGUGUGUGUUUGUGCAUUGCAAAAAGUGCCUCAGGAUAACGAGUAUUGUUACGCAGAAGGAAUAUAAGGAGCGAAAGAGUGCGACGCCUUGGUGCAUAUUUUCCUACAAUUGAAUGAAGAAAGCGCCCAAAACUUGGUGCGUUGGCUUGUAGGAAUAUUGUGUGUGCGUGUGUGCAUGCUUAAGCUGUCUUGCCUUAUCUCCCGUGUCCAUGUGCGCGUUCGUGUGUGUGGGAGAGUGUAAGUGAAAUGUUUUGAAAUAAAAUAAAAACGGCAGAAAGCAAAAUAUUAAUAAAAGAAGAAAAGAAAUAGUGAAAACGUUCCAAUCGUUGUUGCAAACCGCGGGCGCCGGAAGAAAGUGGAUGGAGCAAAAGUGAAGCGCGCUCUCUCGGCCGUGUGAAGUGAAGCGACGAGGAGUUAAAGAAGGUUAUAUGGCAAAAAUGUGUUUCGCCACACGCGCUGGCCGUCUACGGUUUAGUUCGGUUCGGUUCGGUUUGGUGAAAAUUGAAAAGUGAAAAGCGCCUCUACCUUCUAUCAGUAUAUCAUCCGUCGUCGGGCCCAAUCGUAGGCAAACAAUAGCGGCAGCGUGCAAAUAGGGUAGCCAGAGCCCCCGUCCUUCCCAGAGUACAUAUCCGAUUCAAGUGUGUCACGCCGUCGAUACAAAGCAUCCCAGUCCACAUCAUGCUGUCGGACGGGUAUCAUCAUCAUCCGGUGGCGCUGCACCACCAGCACCACCACUAUCAGGUGCCGGCCACUCCGUCCGUGAUAAAGGAGAACCAUCUUGUGGCAGCCACCACGACCACAGCGACCAGUGCCGCUGCAACGAGCAGCGUGCCGGAGGGUUCGUCGUCUCCUUCCGCCGAGCGGCAGCUGCAGGUGCCGAAAGUGUCCGCCGGGCCGAAUCCACCGACCUCACCGCCGGUCAUCACGUAUCACGCGGUGCACGGUGGCAGCUCCUCCUCCGUCUACACCAGCCACCCCAAGAUUCUGCACUCGAUGAAGAGCAUCUCGGCGGACGUGGCGGCCAGCUCCAAGGCGGAGGAUGCGCUCGGGCAUCCGCACCACCAUCCGCAUCAUCUUCACCACCACCAUCACCAGCUGUCGGUGUAUGGUCGGGGUGGACCACCACAUCAGCAGCUCCAGCACCAUCAGCAUUCGUCGGGCGUGGUGGUCGUCGUUCCCAAGCAGGAGUCGACCUCCUCGACCACGGCCGGUGGUGGCGGCGGCAGUCCACCAACGACACCGCCCGUCAUUAUGGAUAACAGUGUGGCCAGCUCGAGCAGCAGCAGCGGCAAUGGUGGCGUCAACAACACCUCCACCAGUGGCGGCAGUUCCAGCAGCUGUUCACCCGGCCCGAAAGGCGAGCCGGACUUGAACAUAGAAUUCGAUGGCACAACCGUCCUGUGCCGUGUGUGCGGUGAUAAGGCGUCCGGUUUCCAUUAUGGCGUCCAUUCGUGCGAAGGAUGCAAGGGUUUCUUCCGGCGGUCGAUACAGCAGAAGAUCCAGUACCGACCGUGCACGAAAAAUCAGCAGUGCAGCAUACUGCGAAUAAACCGCAACCGCUGCCAGUACUGCCGAUUGAAGAAGUGCAUCGCCGUCGGCAUGAGUCGUGACGCCGUCAGGUUUGGGCGGGUGCCGAAGCGGGAAAAGGCCCGCAUACUGGCCGCGAUGCAGCAGAGCACGCAGAACCGGGGCAACCAGCGGGCCCUCGCCAGCGAGCUCGACGAUCAGCCCCGGCUGCUCGCCAGCGUCCUCCAGGCGCACAUCGAAACGUGCGAGUUUACGCGCGAAAAGGUCGCCGCCAUGCGCCAGCGGGCCCGCGACUGCCCGAGCUACUCGAUGCCGACACUGGCCUGUCCCCUGAACCCAGCGCCCGAGCUACAGUCGGAGCAGGAGUUUAGCCAGCGCUUCGCCCACGUCAUCCGGGGCGUGAUCGACUUCGCCGGCAUGAUACCCGGCUUCCAGCUGCUGACGCAGGACGACAAGUUCACGCUGCUGAAGGCGGGCCUGUUCGAUGCGCUGUUCGUGCGGCUGAUCUGCAUGUUCGACACGUCGAUCAACUCGAUCAUCUGCCUGAACGGGCAGGUGAUGCGGCGCGACACCAUCCAGAACGGGGCGAACGCUCGCUUCCUGGUGGACAGCACGUUCAACUUUGCGGAGCGGAUGAACUCGAUGCAGCUGACCGACGCCGAGAUCGGGCUGUUCUGUGCGAUCGUGCUGAUCACGCCCGACCGGCCCGGGCUGCGCAACGUCGAGCUGAUCGAGCGCAUGUACACGAAGCUGAAGGCCUGCCUGCAGUCGGUCAUCUCGCAGAACCGCCCGGACAAGCCGGAGUUUAUGCAGGAGCUGCUGCGCACGAUGCCCGAUCUGCGCACGCUCAGCACGCUGCACACGGAGAAGCUGGUCGUGUUCCGGACGGAGCACAAGGAGCUGCUCCGGCAGCAGAUGUGGUCGGCGGAGGAGGACCAGGGCGCGGUGCUGGACGCGAAGAGCCCGGCCAGCUGGAGCUGCGACGGCAACCAGGUCGAGGUGGAGAUCGCCAAGAGCCCGAUGAGCUCCGUCUCCAGCACGGAGUCCACCGAAACGUCCUCCUCGUCCUCCUCCUCCUCCUCCUCCUUGUCGUCGGAGUACCAUCACCUGCACCAUCACCAUCACCAGCACGGUGGCAUUUCGUCGGCGGCUUCCGCGGCGGCUCCCCUGCUCGCUGCCACCCUGUCCGGCGCCUGUCCAAUCAUUCGGCAUCGGGCCAGCUCGGGCUCGUCGGCGGAGGACGAUCUGAUCGGCGGCACGGCGCAACAUCUCGCCCAGAACGGGCUCACCAUCACGCCCGUCAUCCGGUCGGUCGGUUCGUCGUCGUCGUCGUCCGCCUCGUCCGCGUCCUCGUCGUCCGCUUCGUCCGGGGCGGGCGCAAGCCAUCUGCACCAUCACCACCACCAUCAUCACGUGUCGCGGUACCGCAAGCUCGACUCGCCGACCGACUCCGGCAUCGAGUCGGGCAACGAGAAGCACGACAAUCCGUCGCCCCAGCAGCAGCAGCAGCAGCUCCACCAUCAGCAGCACCACCAUCUGCUGCUCCAUCCGAAACCGGCUAGUAGCAGCGUAAGCAGCGGUUCGUCGUCUUGCUCCAGCCCGCGGUCGUCGCUCGAAGACCCAGCGCUCGAGGACAGCAGCAGCAGCAGCAACGGCAAGGCGCCCUCCCUGGCGCGGCACGCCAGCGUCGACAACAUGCCGGUGCUGAAGCGCGUCCUGCAAGCGCCACCGCUCUACGACACCAACAGCCUGAUGGACGAGGCGUACAAGCCGCACAAGAAGUUCCGCGCCAUGCGCCACCGGGAGAGCGAGGCGGAAGCCGCUUCCUCCUCCACCACCACCACUAGCGCGAGCGCCGCCCCGUCCCCGUCGGCGACCGUGCUGGCGUCGUCGUCCUCACCGCGCCCGGCCUCGGUGCCCCAGCCGCAGCAGUCCGUGGUGGCAAUCGCCGCCCCAUCACCACCCCAGCAGCCUGCGCAGCAGCCGCCCCAGCACCAUCAGUCGCAGCUGCACAUGCAUUUAACGCGACCGCAGACGACGCAGUCCCACCAAAGUAGCGCCACCGGCUUCCUGCAGUCGACGUCCGCGCGGUCCAGUCCGCAGCCUCCGCAGCAGCAGCAGCAGCACCACCACCACGCCUACUCGUCCCUCUCGAGCACGCACUCCGUGCUGGCCAAAUCGCUGAUGGAGGAGCCGCGCAUGACGCCCGAGCAGAUGAAGCGCACCGACAUCAUCCACAACUACAUCAUGCGCGAGUCGGCCCAGGAGCAGCAGCAGAACUACAUCAAGCAGCAGCAGCAGCAGCAGCAGCAGCAGGGAGGACUGUUGGUGUGUGGCGCCAGCGCCGCCAACGGUGUGUUCCAGCGGGCCUCACCGCAUCUCACCGUGUCGGCCGUCUCGCCCGCCCCCUCGUCCUCGUCCUCCAGUGGAAGCAGUCCGGCGGCGGCGGCCGCCCCGAACGGUGGCUGUCCGUUUGGAGGUUCGUCGUCUAGCGCCUCCGCCGGGCGAUGGCAGCAGGUGAUACCGGCAGUGACGGCCAGCGUCAUCACGACGACGGGCGGCCACCGGGCACAGCAGACCCCGUCCCCGGGCAGUCUCACCCCGCCGGACACUUCCUCCUCCUCGUCCUCCUCCUCGCUGUCGGUGGUUUCGUCGCCACCGUCGGCUGCCUCGCCGUCCUCGUCCUCCUCCUCCGCCACCAGCAUCCGCUACUUCCAGUCGCCCCACUCGACGAUGACGUCACCCGCACCGCCCGCCUCCCCCUCGUCGGUGGUGGUCGUGGCGCCCCCGCACACCCCCUCGCCCCGGCUCAUCGAGCUGAAGGUGGACAUUGGUAGCAGUGCCACCGCCACCACCUCCCUCGAUCCGUGCCACCAGCAACCGUUGAACCUGUCGAAGAAGUCACCCUCGCCGGCGCCCACGCCUGUGUCCGUCGUCCAGCGGUCCAUCGUGGGGGGACCGUCGGCCCUCUCGCCGGUCGGUGCCGCCACGACGGUCGUAGUGGCCACCAGCAGCAGCAGCAGUAACGCCGCCACCAGCAGCAGCAGCAGCAACAAUCCCACCAUCCACAAGAUCCUACUCGAGGCGUAAACACAGCAAACAGGCGUUCGCGGGCGAAUCCUACCACAAACAAAAGAAACCACAAGAGGCAGACCAGUAGCAGCAGAAGGGGGAUCAGUGGGAGAGAAUGAUUGCGCAUUCGCAGAGGAAAAAAACACUACAUCUACAAGUUGUACAAAUUUUUAAUGUGUUAAGAAGACGAACCUCCGGACAAGCCUAAAAAGCGCACGGUAAAACACUCACACACACACACACACAUCAUGAGGGAAGGGUAAAGGGGGGAGAGGAUGUAUUAUAGUAUUUUAGUGGCCGAAUGAUCUACAAAUGCGAAACUACAAUGCGAAGCCAAAAACGUGUGUGUGCGUGUGUGUGUGUGUGUUGGUGGGAGCAGAGCGGGAAGAGGGGAUGAUGGUGUGCGUGUGUGUCUGUGUGUGUGUUGCUCUUAUAGAUCUCGAUUUUUGUUUUAUUAAAAGAAAGCUGUGGACACACGUGGAGAAGAGACUACUACGGCGACUGCAAGCGCAGGCGACGAACCUCAACAGAAAUCCCCUCUCUUCUCCACGCAAGGCGCAUAUGUGUGUGCUUCUAUCCAAUGGGCCGGUGUCGGAUCGGGUGCAAAACAAAAUAGGGAAGGAGAAUAUCCUAGUGUGAUGAUGGCACGCCGCCACUAGCAAGCCAGGAGCUGUAAUAGUAAUAGGUUUUAGUGCGUGCGUGAGACAAGGAAGACGACGGUGACGUUAGUAGUUUGUAAGAACAAUUCCCACGAGCAGCUCUGAUGCGUAGAUAUGUAUGUAUGUGUGCGUGCGUAAGUGUGUGUGUUAAGAAUCAAUAAUUUUGAUGAACAAAACAGCGAAGAGAGCUAAGUUACUGCAAACAGCCAAACCUAUAUAGAAGCUUAGUGAGAAGCGAAGGAUAUUAAAAGAAAACGGCAACACAAAUACACUCACCUCACAGGCAAACCCACAGUACAUAUGGUAUGGAAGUAUGGAGGUUUUUUUUAACUUCUGUUGUACAGUAGUAGUAGUAGUAGUGGCACAAGUGCAAAGCGAAGCAAGAGGAGCAAGAUAAAACACGCAAAAUGUAUAUGCUAAGAGAAAAAAGAAAGGGAAAACCCCACUCACUCACAAACACACAUAAACAUAAAUAUCCUAGAAUGGUUGAACGGAAAACAACAACAACAAACAAAACUUUGCAAAGACACUCACAGAGAGAGAGA